AUGGAACGCGUGUGCGUUAAGCGGUAUCGGCCAGGAAAAAUGAGUUUUGGAUUACUACUAAUUUGCUUGGCCGUAGUCAAAGUCGAGGGAUUGCCACGAAUCUUCAGAAGCAACGAAAUAUGUGGGGUUUACAACGGACAUCGAGUGUAUCUCGAACUCGGAGAUCGAGGACAGUUGCAGGCAUCCAAUGUGACCGUAUCGAAACAAACAAACAAAACCAUUCCAUCCAUCUGCACCCUGGAGCUGGUCACAUGUCCGUCGUGUAAUUUAAAAAUCUCAUUAAGUUAUUCUAACUUUCCUGCCAAAUGUGCCGUGCGGAACGAGUCGCCAUGCCGGUGCGAUUAUCUGGAAUUCUCCGAGCCACCCUACGAGCUGGACCAGUCCGGGCGGCGCAAUUGUGGCGAUGAUGUAAUGUACCAGUCGCAAACACGGUCGGUCCUAAUUAGAUUCAUCCACUGGAACAACCACAGCCAUGCGUUUACGCUGGAGUAUGUUGCGGAAAGAAAUCGUGAGUCUCUGCAGGGAGUUCCCGGUCAGGUUCAUAAUCUUACCGGGGCACAGUCCAGAGUUAUAACGACACCCUUCUUCCCGUCGUACUAUCCGAGGGAUUUCGGAAAAGAAUACGUGCUAAGCUGUGUGAUGGAAGAUUGUCGGAUCAACGUAAUCUUCAGUGACUUCCAACUGGCUAAAACGUCUACGAUGGAGUUCUAUGAUUGGAACGGACAGCGGUUGAGUGCAAUUUCCGGUGUGAACUUUCGGCCACCGGUAGUGCAGAGUAGUGGCCCAUCAAUGAUCGUUCGAUUUUUCGCCAAUGGCGGCUCGGGACUAGGUUACAGGGCGAAAGUAUCUUUUUUGACGGUGGAAAGUGCUUCCAAUCCUGUUAUGCUACCGAAUACCAACUGUGGUGGCAUGGUGGAGAAUAUUGGUGGUGCGAUAACGAUGAUGAACAUGGUUCCAAGUCCAAAUGAGAGUCGGAUAUUUGACUGCAUUUGGCUGCUGAAACCUCCGAACACCUACGCCCACCUGAAGACGCAUUUAUCGUUGAAGAUCAAUACACUGGACAGGAUGGGAUCGCGAUCGUUGCUGACGGUGAUUCAGGGUACGACUUCGAACAGCCCGAUUAUGGAUGUGGUGAGGACGAGUGCGUCUGCCAAGGGAAGAAACUAUGUGGUACCGUUGACAUCUGGAUUCUACAUUCACUUGCGGGCUACUUUCACGCAUCAAACUAGAAUAGCUCUGGUGUAUGCGGCCUUUAGUUACUUGGACUGCUACAUGGGGUCGGAGUUCCUCUGUCAGAACAGAAAAUGUAUCCCAAUUCAGUUGCACUGUGAUGGAUUCGACCACUGCGGUGACGGCAGUGAUGAACCGGAAAGCUGUGAAGCCCAGUGGGAAACGGAAACGGUGGACAGGCGAUGGUAUUCACACACACCGAAUUAUUAUUUUCCAAAAAUCGAACGCUAUCCGGAUCUUCGAACGGCUACUACAAUCUUUAUAGCCAGUUCGCUUGGUUUGAUAUCGUUGAUUUCGGCUUUGGUGAUUCUGCUCUAUCGUUCGGGAAAUCGUGCGCGGCAGCAGCGGGAGCUGCAAAGUCAUCUGCAAACCAUAAGUGAGCUACUAGAUAACAAUAACACUCGAGGCGCUGAAGAGGUUGACGAACCUCCGAUGUACGAAGCUCCACCCGACUAUGACGAAAUAAUUAAAGUGGGAAUGGAGGACGACAUCAAACGGAAGCGCAGAAGAAGCUCUUCGUCUGCUUCGGGACGACGCAGCCGCAUGAGACGAUCGCGCAGAUCGAGCGUUGUUUCCGACAGUCACAAUCCGAUUCUGGAGGUUUGUCUGCCACCGGAAAUAGUGGGCACGGACGGAUCGAUGAGCGGAUCAACGCUGCAAGUUCCCCGUUGCGACGAGCUUUACCAAAUGUCCGAUCAGGACGAAGAUGACGUUUAUGAGUCUCAGUGGGACUUCCGACAGGGACAGGAUGCAUUCAUGUCUUCUCGAAUUCUAGAGGUUACAACGGCGGCUUCACAGAACCAGAACUUCGGAGAGGGCAGUUCGUCAGCAGCGAGCCUCGCGCAAUUUGGCAGCCCGUCGAGUGGGCCGCCUUUAUACGAUGAACCGCAAUGCUUCCGAAAUGACGCCAUACUUCUCUCAGCCUCAAAUUCGGACAGCAUUUCGCGAGGCUACACUGAGGAGGCUCCAGCUGUAACACUGUCUCUAGACGAUACGCCGCAAAAGCUGACCGAUUGUGAAGCUUUCCCCAUGGAUAAUAAUCCUGGCGUUAUGCCUCCUUCCCUCAACUAUGACAGACCUCAGCAUAUCUGGAGUGAAAGUUCCCGCAACCAUCGGCCCUGGCUGGCAUUCAAUAAUGAAGAUUUGCAAUCUCCAGUUUCUACUUCCAAUAGCAAUCUAGUCAUACCUUCUUCUAGUCAUCCGAAUCGUUACAGAGCAUUCGAUACUGCAGAUUUUGGUCAAUUCCAGGAAAUUGAUGCCUACCUUUUAGCACACGGAUCGAUUCCUAAUAAGGAGAUGAGUUUGCCUACGAUCAGUUGUAACAAUCUUGAAACCUGCUCGAAUGACACCGGAUACUCACAGCUUCCACCGGGGUCUGGAACGGCCGGCUACAAUACAGCUAACGGAUUGGAUUACAUCACUCGUAACUGUCCCUGUUGCCGGGAUUCUUUCAACAUCUACAACGAUUCUCAAUGUCAAAGCUGUACUACCAACAGAGUGACCCCUCCACCGGCCGUCAUCUGCUCCACUUGCGGUGGUAAAAUAUCUCUUCAGGAAAGUCUAACUUCAUGCACUGGUGGUGAGUCAUCGGUGCAACAGGGUACGGGCACCGAUGGCAGUGCACCGGGCUCAGCAGUAAAGUUGUGCAACUGUUUCCCGAAAUUUUCUUCCCGAAACAGAAUCAUUCGUAUGGGACUGGCCAACGCCAUGGCCCCAAGACCGAUGUCCGUCGAUCAAAUUACGGAAGACGGCUCGCGGAGAAGCGUCGCCACUCUGGCCAGCGAUUUUGAAGCAUUCUGCAACUCUCAUAUCGGCAUUCCAAACUCGAACAUGUAA